CACGUUCUGAGCUUUUUCUUUACACAAAGUCGAAGCAUUUCUCAGAGGCAGAGUAACAGUCGUGAGUGUGAAGAUGGGGCACACUCUGCUCUGUGUGCUGGGGGUUUUCUCACUGAAUAUACUCCUCUACUGUGGACAUGCUCAAGAUGUUGUGCUGACCAUUGAACCAAACUGGUCCACUUUAUUUACCGGAGAGUCUGUUACCUUCAUAUGUGACAUGAGGAUGGGAAAAGACACCGACUGGUAUUACGUAAUCUACAGGAAUGGUCGAGAAUUUCUCCCCUUUGGCUCAGUUAAGAGAUAUACAUCACAAUCUCUGUCUACAGACGACAGUGGUGAAUACCAGUGCAUUGGUGAUCCCAAGCGCUCAGCAUAUUCAAGAAAAGAAAGUAAUAAAGUCUCUCUAACUGUAUCAGACAAAGAUGUGAUCCUGGAAAGUCCUGCAUCCACUGUGUUUGAAGGAGACUCAGUGACCCUGCGCUGUCGACAUCGUACUCAGACAAAGGAGAAGAAUGCUGUUUUCUACAAAGACGGAUCACCUAUUGAAACAGACACAAACCAUCAGUCAGCGAUGUCUUCAGAAAACACAUUUCAAGUCAUUUCAGAUGGGAGCUCUUACAUGUGUAAAUUUGAGGAUGAAGAAUCUGAACCAGUAAAACUCAAAAUGGAACCACAACCAAAGGCCAACCUGAGCAGAUACUUUCCAUCAGGGGGCAGUGUGACACUGACCUGCUCUGUGAGCCCAUCAUCAUCAUCAUCAUCAUCAUCAUCAUCAUCUGGUUGGAAAUACUUCUGGUACAGAGGCAAUAAAACCUCUGAACCUCUGACCACAAAAGAUGAUGUCUUCCUCUCAAAUGAAACAAUCAGUGUCUCACAGGGAGGACUCUACUGGUGCAGAGGAGGAAGAGGAGAUCCACUUUACUACACAGAGUACAGUGAUCCAGUCGUUACAAACAGAGCUGUUGUGACCCUGCGACCCAACUGGCCUGAGAUAUACUAUCUGGAGACGAUCGCACUUACAUGUGAACUUGAGGAUGGAGGAGACGCUGAGUGGGAGUAUGAGUGGACGACAUCCAGCUCAUACAGACCUGAAAAACAAAAGGAAAACAUGAUUAGAUAUGCUUCGUCAUCAUACAACGGAGACUACAGGUGUGUGGGCACACUGAAACAUGAAAAGUCUUCAACAGAGUGGAGUGAUGCUUUCACAUGGAGAGUAUCUGAUUAUAAACCUCAGCCUGUCCUCACUGUGUCUCCAUUAUGGCUGAGUCCUGGAGCCUCAGUAACUCUGAACUGCAGUGUUAAACAUCCAUCUGCAGGAUGGAGGUUCUUCUGGUAUAAGGCUGUUCCCAAACUGUCAGACAACUCCUACAGCUAUGAGCUGAUACCUGGCAGCAUCAAUGGGACUGAACAGGAUUCCUACAUUGUUGAUGGACAGACACACACAGCAGGAUAUGUGUGCAGAGCUGGAAGAGGAGAUCCAGUGUAUUAUACUCAUUACAGUGAACCUAAGUUUGUCUGGUCUGGAGAUUCUCAUUCAGCAGCGUCUCUCACAGUGAGUCCUGACAGAAUGCAACACUUCAGCAGAGAGCCUGUGUCACUGAGAUGUGAGGGAAACUCUACUGAGUGGAGAGUGAGCAGGUUUUCUGAAGAUGGCUACCCGAGACACUGUUCUUCUUCUUCCUCUUCUUCCUGGGGGACCAUGACUGGAUCCACAUGCAACAUGAGCCGUUACUGGCAGAGUGGAGUCUACUGGUGUGAGUCUGAAACAGGACAGUUCAGCAAUGCAGUCAGCAUCACUAUACAGUAUGAUGAUAUUAUCCUGGUGAGCCCUGUCCAUCCUGUUACUGAGGGAGAUUCUGUCACUCUUGGCUGCAAAUUGAGGACAGAAAAGGUUCCUUAUAAUGUGGAUUUCUAUAAAAAUAACAAACUCGUCCAAAAUGUUACUGGAGGGGAGCUGACUAUCUCUGCAGUGUCAAAGUCAGAUGAAGGCUUUUAUAAAUGUACAGGAAAAAAAUCACAAGGUUGGCAGAGUUUGACGUCACCAGAGAGUUGGAUGUCAGUAAAAUCAGCACCCAGGCUUGAAGGAAGCUCUCCAUUUCCUGUGCUGUUGAUUGUUGGGCCGGUUUGUGGAGUUUUACUUAUUCUUCUCCUGCUGCUGUUUCUGUAUCUCUACAGAAAGUCAAAAGAUUCAUGCUUUAUGAGGUCUCAGAGCAGCAGUCGGGGCCCUGCUACAGACCACAUGAUCAACCAGGAUGAAACUCAGCUCAAAGAAUAUGCUCCUCCUCUCCAUGGUGAAUCCAACGAUGUCACAUAUUCUGUGGUUGAGCUCAAAAACAUCGCUAAGAAGGGGAAGAAAACAGAGGAGCCAGAGGAGAGUGCAGUUUACUCAGAUGUGAAGAUAAGAUCAGCUACAGAUCAAUAGAGAGAUCUGCAUCGACAAAACCAGCAGAAUGGAUGAUAACAUGAAGAACUGCAUCAGUGUUUAACUCAAUGAUAGAAAAGGGGUGUCUUAAAGGAAAUGGCCACUUUAGAAUGAAAAUACAGACAGUACUUACUGACCCUCAUGCCAACAAGAAGUCCAGUGUAGUUUUUUAAUCCACAAAACUCGUUCGGGGUAUCGAAGGAUAACAGGCUGCCACGGCUUCAGGGCACUUGGAUUACGACGGACAAGCCGUUUUGACGUUUUUGAAAUGCAUCAGCGGAGUUUUAUUACAUUUUCAAAAUGUGGGCUCCAUGCACUUCAAGCGUAGCUGUUAUUCCAGCGAGCUGUUAUCCUCCUAAAGUGGCCAUUUCCUUUAAGGAAAAAAGGUUAGGAACCACUGCUCUAGGUUACCCAAGAAUAUCCAGCCUACUGUCCAUAUCCAAACCCUUCAGGGUUCUGCAAUUGAAAUUGUUAAAAAUAUUUGGGACUCUGGCUGGAUACCAGACUCACUUAUAAAACCCACGUGGAACACCUAUCAAGAAAACUGAAGGUCAAAAUUGGAUUUUUGUAUAGAAACAAAUCUUGUUUUUCUCCUGCUAGUUGAAAGACCAUUGUUUAAUCUACAGUCACGUCUGCUCCUGAUUAUGGUGAUAUUGUAUAUAUGCAUGCUUCUUCCUCCACCUUUGAGCCUCUUGACUCAGUGUAUCACAAAGCGCUGCACUUCAUCAUGAGAUUGUCUUUCAGAUGAGGUCAGUGUUUUAUAUGGAGUGCCUCAAGGGUCUAUCUUUGGCCCUCUUCUUUUUAACUACAUGCUCCCACUUGGUUUCAUAAUCUGUCAAUACAAUAUAUCAUAUCAUUCCUAUGCCGACGACACCCAGCUAUACAUAUCUGUCUCUGCUAAGCAUCUUAGUCCUGUAAAUGACCUCAUCCAGUGCAUUAAUGAUGUUAGGUGCUGGAUGACCAAAGAUUUCUUACAAUUUAAUGAUGACAAAACUGAAAUUCUUCUUGGUGGUCCAAAAGCUUUAAGGCAGCAGAUUAGUUCCCU